AUGAUUGAGUCUAUAGUCUGGGGUAUCUUUUUUUUGAUUUGGGCUUUCGUUCAUAGAGAAAAUCAAGUGAUUGAAACCCAUGAAAACACAAUUGAAAAUGAAACAAUUAAAUUAAAGGAAAAACAAAUCACUGAUAAAGAUGAUUCAAUAUUAUCAUUAACAAAUCAAAUCAAAAAAUUUGAAGAAAACGAAAAAAAAUUAAACGAUCAAAUUACUAAUCUAACCAAUUUGAAUAAUGAUUUAAAUAACAUUAAGCAAACUCAUUUGGACGAUUUAAAAGUUUUGGAUUCAAACAAAAUUCAAAUUGAAAAUUUAAAUAAUGAAAUCUCAAAUCUAAAUCUAAUUAAAAACGAUCUAAAUAACAUCAACUCAAGUAAUGAUAAUUUAAUUAGAAAAAUAUCCUCUGAAAAUGAUUUGCUAAAUAAAAAAUUGAUAGAAUUGCAUCACGAAUUAAAAAUAUCUCAUACAAAUAAUCCUGAAUAUCAAAGAAUUUUAAUUGACAAUAACAAGCUUAUAGAUAAAAACUAUAGAUUAACUAAGGAAUCGACUUCUCAAAGUGCUAAAAUCAAUAUGCUCGUAAAUGAAAAUUCAAACUUGAGAAGUAGUUUACUCAAGUUUUCAAAUGAUUUCAGUACUUUAAAAUUAAAUUAUCUCAAUGAAUCAAAUGAAUUCUUAACUAAUUUAUCUUUAUUAAAAGAAAAAUUAUUUAAAAGUGAAAGCGAUGUCUAUUUUAAAAUUUUAAACACCCCCUCCCCAAACACUCAACAAAUUACGGAUUUUAAAAAAGAAAUUGAUUCAAAAGAUUAUGAAAUUAAUUAUUUAAAGGAUAAAUUUAAAUACUCCCUCACUAAAAAAAAUGAAGAAUUGAAAAAUUUGCAAGAUCAAUUGGAUUCUUUGAAGGAUAACUUGGUAAUCUCCGGCGGUAAAGCUUUAAAUUCAAAUUCUGAACAAAAAAUUCAAGAUCAACAUUUCAAUCAAGAUUACGAUUACUAUCGUAACCAAGAUUCAAAUCAAGUUCAACCCGAAAAUACUCAAGACCUUACUCAAGAUCAUACCAAAGAUCAAACACAAAAUCAAACACAAACUCAAACACAAACUCAAACACAAACUCAAACUCAAACUCAAUUGCAAGAAUCUAAAGAAAACAAUAUAUCUAAAAUCGAUUCCCCAAUUAAUCAAACUGAUCCUGAUGUAUCACUUGGUGACUCUCCAGUCAAAGCAAAGGCUGUGCCAGUUCAAAUCUCUUCACCUUCCACUCCUAAAAUUACUCAAGUAGACAGCUCUUUAUCCACAUCAUCACCUUCCAAUUUGACUUCUUCAACAGAAAUCUCUUCAAGAGAUUCAUCUUCAAAAAAUUUAGGUAAAGUAGCUUCAAACCCAAACCCAAAUUCAAACUCAAACUCAUUUUCAGUCCCAAACACUUCGAAAAUUAGUGACAAAAUCAGUAAACUCAAUCUCUCCCACAAUAACUCAAGCAGAAAAAGAAUCUCAGAUACAAUCAACAGCUUUGAGCUAAAACGUGUUAGUCCCACAAAUGGUGCAACUAAAAAGGAUCCCAUCAGUUCAAUUGACAAAGUCAGAGCCUUCAGUCUAUUUUCCAAAAAGGCUGGUAACGUUGCUAAUUGA